GUUUCACUAAAUCUUUUUUUUUUUUUUUUGAAUAAACCCUUGUUCCUUUUCAGUUCCACCAUUCUCUUAAAGAGGAUUUAGCCUCUCUCUCUCUCUCUCUCUCUCUCUCUCCUCUUGUCUUCCUCGUUGUUCCUAUUUGUUUGCCAAACGUGCCCCAUAUCCGACACAGAAACGACACGGUUCUGCAGCUGUGUUGCUGCUUGCCCCUGCUUCGUAACGUAAAAAGUUUAGCCUUUUCGUUUUCUUUUUUCCUUCAAAUUUCCCAUCACACCAGAAAGGUUACUGAGAAGGCUUUGAUACAUGUAAUUGUAUGUCCAAAGUUCAACUUUUAGUUCAAACUUUCCAUGCCUUUUUGUUUAUCUCCUGCAGUUCGUUAUUCAUGUAGAAUUUGCACAAAGUUUCGUUUUUUGGGGAGUUUUUCUACUUCCUCUGCUCUAAAGACAGUAGAUUUCUUUGAAGAAGCGGAAACCCAUGUUUGCAACUAUCCAGAAUUACAGCGCAGGAUGGAGAGUUAUGCUACCUCAGGUGACUUUAGCAAUGCUCUCUGUACUCUAAGUUUGAUGAAAAACAUAAAUGGAAAACCAACUGUGUAUGAUUGUAAUGCUUUGAUGUAUUGUUACUUGAAGUCAAAGGAUGUUUGUUGGCAACAGUUAAUUGAAAUGUAUAAUGGGAUGAAGAGAUUUGGGCCUCAACCAAAUGCAUUCACUUUUAAUACCCUCCUUAAUGGAAUGCUAAUUCUUGGUAAUUUGAGACAUGCAAUUUUUAUUGUUGAAGAGAUGUGCAGGAGUUCUUUUGUGCCGUCAUUUAGUUCUUUGUCGAAAACGUUGAAAAAGAUGGUGGAAGUAGGAAACGUUCUUGAUGCUCUUACUGUUUUUGAGCUUAUGUUAAGGUAUGAUUAUUACCCAACUGAACCAACUUUGAAUAAAUUUAUUUCAAUGCUUUGUAAAGCAGGGAUGGUUCCCAAGGUUUGUUUCGUGUUCUCUGUUCUUUUGAGGAAGGGUUAUGUUUAUAGCGUAUAUUGUUACAAUCUGAUUCUAUGGGCUUUAUGCAAGUCUGGUCUAAGUUAUUUUGCUUUGCAACUGUUGUAUUUGAUGAAGAAGAAAGGGCUUGUUUAUAAUGUGUGUUCAUAUACUGCUUUGAUUUAUGGAUUUAGUAGAGAAGGCCUGCAGGAUGACGUUUUUCAAUGUCUGAAUUUCAUGCAAAGUGAUGGUUGUAAGCCUAAUGUGAUUACAUACACGAUAAUUGUUAAGUUUCUUUUUGAUAAUGGGAAGUUUGAGGAAGCUAUGGAGCUUGUGGGUAAGAUGGAAAAGGAAGGAUGUGAUCCUGAUCUGCUUACUUAUAAUGUUAUUCUUCGUGAACUUUCCCAUAGAGAUAGACUGGCUGAUAUUUCUGAGUUCAUUCAAGUGAUGGAUCAAAAAGGCCUUUCUCCUGAUUCAUACUCACAUGCUGCUCUGUGUGGAGGCCUACUAAAAAUAGGAAAAGUAAGGAUUGCAUGCAAACUAUUUCUUGAUGUAAUUUCCAAUGGCUGUACUGUGGAUGCUGCUGUUUAUAACAUCUACUUCCAAUGUUUAUGUCGAAAGAAUAAAUCAAGAGAAGCAUUAUCUCUGUUGAAGAGCAUGAUGGAAGCAGGCUUUAAGCCAAACAAUGUGUCAUAUAACACAAUCUUGAGUGGCUUUUGUAGAGAAAGCAAUAUUAAUGAGGCUUUGAAUCUCUUGGACCAUUUUGAGUGGGGUGCAAAUGGGCCUGAUGUGGUUUCUUUCAAUACAAUUUUGUCUACUGCAUGCAGGCUAGGAAACUCUGCAAUAAUCCAAAGGAUCUUGUAUUGUAUGGAGUAUGAACGAAUUAAGCUUGAUGUUUUUAGUUUGACUUAUUUGAUUCAAUAUUUCUGCACAAUUGGAAACUUUUCAGAGUGUCUGAAGUUAUUGGAGUCCAUGAAGCAUAAUGGUCCUACUCCAGCUGUAGUCACCUUCAAUACGAUACUGCAUAACCUUUGCAAGAAUUGGUUACUAGGAACUGCAUAUCGGAUUUUCCAGAACUUAAGACACACCAAGUGCCUUCCUGAUGUGACUCCAUACAACAUUCUUAUCCAUGCUUCCAUAAGAGAGCGCAAUCACCUUUUCAUUGGUCAAUUGUUAGGGGAAAUGGAUAGACAGAAACUGAAACCUGAUGCUUUUACAUAUGGUUCAUCAAUUAGCUACCUCUGUAAGGGAGGGAAGAUAUCAAUUGUUCUCCGGCUUUGGAAUCAAAUGCUAGAGAGUGGGAUCAUUCCUAGUGUUGUGAUUUACAAUACCAUAUUGCAGGCAAUGUUUCAGAGAGGUGACUUUUGGGGCAUUCUCUCAUUACUUAAAGUCAUGGUGGUGGAGGGGUUCCAACCUGAUGAGGUAACUCUAGGGAUCCUUAACCAAGCAGUUUCAAAUGGUUGGAUGAAGAGAUUUCCUAAAGUUGCUAAAGUUCUGGAGUGGGUGAUUAGCAAUGACUUUCACAAAAAAACAGAUCAAACGGCAAUAUCUGGCUGAUUUAUUUAGUAUUUUGAAGUUUCUUCUCAUAUCAUUGCUCAAAGCAUCCAAUAAUAUCUGGCUUGGUAAAGAACCAUUCUGAAGAAGAUUCAAGCAUGAAU